AUGAGUGUAUUGGCCAUCAACACAGUAGAUCGUCUGGAUCGACCCAGUGCUUAUUAUGCCGGCAAGAAUAAGCGCCGCAGAUAUAAUGACCGCGAAGAAGAGAGAGAACAGGAGGAGGCUUCGAAGUUAACCAAUGCGACGACUCUCUAUGUGGGCAAUUUGUCGUUUUAUACAACAGAGGAACAAAUUCACGAGCUCUUCGCCAAGUGUGGUGAGAUCAAGCGUUUGGUCAUGGGUCUGGACCGCUUCAACAAGACGCCCUGCGGAUUCUGUUUUGUCGAAUACUACACUCAUCAAGAUGCGCUGGAUUGCCUGAAAUACAUUGGUGGUACCAAGCUUGAUGAGCGGAUUAUUCGAACUGAUCUGGAUCCCGGGUUCGAAGAGGGUCGGCAAUACGGACGUGGAAAAUCGGGUGGUCAGGUUCGCGACGAGUACCGUGAUGAGUACGAUCCCGGACGAGGCGGAUAUGGCCGUGCAUACGAUGAGCAGCGCCAGCGCGAGGAAGAUGAAUACGGCGCAGGACGGUAG